AAUACUGUACUGUAUGAUGGCGAUGGUGUAAAGGAAGUGUCAGUGUGUGGUUCUAUGUGUAAAGAUGUUCGUUUUUGUUUGUUAAAAGAAAAAUUAUUAAUUCAUUUCGAUUGCGAUUAGUUACGCGGAUUAAAUCAUUUUGAUUUUCAUUUGUCAAGCAAGGAUCGAGGGUUUAUGAAUACGUUGCAAACAAUCUGAUGGAAUUUAAUGUGCAAAAUUUUCCACCUAAUUGAACGGCUUCAAUGACAUUUUUCGUGUAUUUGUGAAGUAGAACUAAAUCUAAUAAUGAAUUUCGCGGAUUUAUAACCAAAAUCAGACAAAUUUUAUUAAGCACAUCGCACCAAACGGUAUAUCAGUGAAACUUAUUUUAUAAUAACAAUCCUCAAGCAACUGCAAUAACAAUGGCAUUAAACGGAUUUAUAGAAUUCUUCCAAAAAGGCAAGACUUUUAGGCCGAAGAAACGCUUCACUCAGGGAACUAUUCGUUAUUCGUUACAUAAGCAAGCACAGGCGAGUCUCCAGUCGGGCAUAAAUUUGAGACAGGUCGUUAAACUACCACCGGGAGAAAAUCUGAAUGAUUGGAUUGCUGUACAUGUCGUGGACUUUUUUAAUCGCAUCAAUCUGAUCUACGGCACCGUCUCAGAGUACUGCAAUGCCACGAUAUGUCCGACGAUGAGUGGUGGCCCACGAUACGAAUAUCUCUGGGCUGAUGGAGACCAAUAUAAGAAGCCAACGAAACUUCCGGCACCGAAAUACAUUGAAUUGCUCAUGGACUGGACAGAGGCUCAAAUAAACAACGAAUCUGUUUUUCCCGUAUCAACAGACGUGCCAUUUCCGAAAUCGUUUGUGUCACUGUGCCGGAAAAUACUAACCCGAUUGUUCCGAGUGUUUGUUCACGUUUACAUUCACCAUUUUGAUAGGAUUGUCAGUAUUGGAGCGGAGGCUCAUGUGAACACUUGCUACAAACACUUCUACUAUUUCGUUCAAGAAAUUGAGUUAGUGUCUCCGAAAGAAUUAGAACCAUUGGCAGAAAUGACGGCUCACAUUUGUAAAGAUUAAGUGCAACAUAAUCGAACCAAACUAUCGACUAUACGUCUAAUAAAACGCUUAAGAACUAAAUUUUAACUUUAACAAAGUGGGAGGUAUUGUAAAUAUAAUUCGAUUGUUGUGUCCAUAGUCCUUACGGACUGUGAUUGUGUUACUUAAUAAAAAGUUUGAUAAAAUGGAA